GGGAACAAGGCAGUCCUUGCGUCGAAUACGUCAGUGAAGCAGCAUGGCGGAGAUGUGGUUGGAGUGUCUGCGCUCUGAAUGUGUGUGGGGAAAAAAUUAUCUGCCGAUUUAAAAAGAAAGAUAAGUGUUGAUUGCAUUUGGUGUCAAAUAAGUGUUUAUCUACGAUGGAGAGCCACAGCGGUGGCAACGUCCCUGCAUCGAAAUACAGCUCAGUGAAAUAUUACAUCCCACCCGAGAGUAACGUUACACCAAGUCAAGAUGGCGAGCAUUCUGGUACCGAGCAAGCUGGUGGUACCGAGACAAGACCGAGAACUGGAGUAUCUUCUACGCAAUAUAUUCCAAAAGCGGGGGACCGCUUGAACUUUCAAAUACCGAGAAAGAACAAAGAAAAGAGAGCCUUGUUCCAGUAUGUGUCGUCAGAGUCCCGGGAGUUUGAAGACAUCUUGACUGUCCUGUCUUCCAACUACAGAGAAGCCAGCUCCAACGGGAUGUUCAUGUACACCAAGCCAAGACUGGUCCACAGUGAACUGCUGGAGAAGGAUUUUGUAGAGAAAAGGAGGGAGCUGAAGCUGGAUGGGAGGACAGAGAAGGAGCUGGAGGAGACCCACUGUUUCCUGAUGGCUGACGCCACCAAGCUGCCAUGGAUCUGUGAGAAGGGCCUGCUUGUGGGGCACAGCUGGAUCACAGCUCUGGGGAACCCUGCCAAGGGUGUUUAUCUGUCUAAAAACUCAGACUUACUGCAGAUCAAUCCCUUUAACCCUGGAGUCAUGGGAGAGAUCAUCAUAUUCAAGGUCAUCAGGGGUAAAGUGAAGAGCAUCUAUGAGAACAUGUCAAAGAACCUUCUGGACCCCACGCCCAAGUUUGACAGCCAUUUCUCCAAGAACGCCAGCAAAGUGACAUCUCUCACCUCCUAUAGAGCAUACGAGCUUACUCAGCAAUACUUCUAUGAGUAUGACUUUGAUGAGCUGAAGUCUCGUCCGAGGCAUGUGUGUCCCUAUGCAGUGGUCUCUUUCCAGUUCAAAGGCAAAGAUGCUCCUCUUCAAGCCAAGCCCAUGGCUCCCCUAAGGUCAAACAGCCAAACGUCUGAAGGAAGUACAGGCAGGAGUAAAUACACAGUGUGGAGUGGAGAGCUGGUGAAUGAGGGUAGGGCCGUGUCCCACGUCUCCUUCUGUUCCUUCUCGCCCCCCUUCCUGCCUUUCAAACUGCCUGAGAAGCUGGAUCUGGGUCUAGUGAUGUGUAUCGACCAGGUGAAUCAGAUGAUCCCCUCAGCUCUGUUCUCCUGGAACCUGUACGCAGGCAGCCACGAAGUGUUGAAGAAUGGAAUCUACUGCAGCCUGCUGGAGGUGGUGAAUAAGAGCAAGUCGGGAGACCGUCUGGCAGCACUACUACAAGGCCUGGAGACACAGAGACUGGUGCUUGUCCACGCAUUGGCUGACAAAGGAUUCCUCUUCCUCCUGUCUUCAGUUCAGAUGGCUGCUCCGGCUGAAAGAAGAGACGGGUGGAAAAGAGGCCUUCAAGCGCUCUUCGUUUUUCAAGAGUCGAGGGAUGUGACAAAAUACAGUACAAAUUCUCCAGCUACCCAGGAGCCUUUGCAGUCGUCAUCCUCCCCUGACACUGUGAUGCCCCAGCUGAACAGCUUUGUCCCGGCCCUGCAUCACGCCCUGGUCAAGGUGCGCUCCAACCCGCCCGCUGACCUCUCGGCCGGGGUCGAGCACCAGGCCAGGGACUAUCUAAGUGGACUUCACGAUGGAAAGCUCCGCCACGUUCCCAUGACGGAGUACGACGCCAAGCUGGAUGACCGGGGGAAGCUCUUCCCGGCUCCAAAACACCAUAAGCUCAACAUGGAGGGCUACCUGCGCUCCUACGUCUACAGCCCUAACCUUUUCACCAUGCCCGUGGUCCGAGCCAAGGAGAUCAUGGAGAGUUACUGCGUCGUGCUUGAUGACAACAGCCCUGUGACUGACUGGGAGGGUGGCAGUAGGGCCAGCGGGAACAAGCCAGUGGUAGGGUCGGAGGUCGAGCCUAAUGGUGCCACUGCUGCCCAGCCCCCUGCGGUCCAGGUCAACCUCUCUCCUUUUCAGUCUCCUACUGACUCCAACCCUCAGAAGGUGAAGGAGCUGAUCAACCUGAUCCUGAAGUGUCGGAAGAACGCAGAGGGUGAUGUGAGGAAGAGAGGGGAGGCGCAGGGAGGAGCGAAGGAGGGGGCAGGGCCGUUGGACCCCCGUGGGCUGAAGAGGAAGCUGGAGAGGGAGACUGCAGAGAGGACUCUGAAGUACCUGAAAAGGGCCUCACAGGAGAGGGGUGGAGUGGACAGCAGACCAGCUGAAGGGGGCCAGAGCCAGUCCUGUCUGUCCUCUCUGAUGCUCCACAGUGUGGGUCUGAGAGACGUGGACCUAAGGAGAGACGGAUCAGAGGCUGCUGUCAAGUUACUGAAAAUGUUAACCAGCCUGAAGAAUGCUGCAGGUCAACAUCCACAGGGUUCUGAGGGGAGGGGAGGAGGGUCAAGAGAAGGGACGGAGCAAACUGAAGCUCUGCUGUUUGAUAGGAUGAUCAAGCUGGGUCUGCCGCCCAAUCAGGACAUUGACCUAAGGAAACGACCUUCUGGGGGCCUGCAGGACAAGUCUGAGUACUUAGAGGAGCAGGCAGCAGGCAGCGUGAGCAGUCUGGAGGGCUUCAGCCCCAGUUCCAACGGUGAAAUGCCCAGGAGAUCGCACUCACAAUAUCAGGGGGAGGAGCAGAUUCCAUGGGUCCUCAUCCCCAUCACAGGGUUGAAGUCAAAGAAGUACUGCCAGAGAGAGAAGGACAACCCUCAGGACCCACGCUUCGUACCCCAGAUCCCCAUGGCAACCAGCAGCUACCCCCCCUGUGUUCCGGAGCGAAGGGAAAGAAACUUCACCCCUACGCUAGAGGAGCCCCCAGAGCCUAGCCCCAGUCCUCCCCUAGAGGAGCCCCCAGAGCCUAGCCCCAGUCCUCCCCUAGAGGAGCCAGAAGAGCACAGCCCCGUCCCCAGUCCCUACCCCAGUCCCUACCCCAGUCCCUACCCCAGUCCUUACCCCAGUCCCAUAGAGGAUGAUGAGCAAUUAGCUGAAACCCCCUGUGACCCCACAGAAAUAACCAACAACGAAAAGACAACCACAGACAAGACAAACCAGAGCCUCCUUCAGAUCCCUGUUACUCCAGAGAGCACCAGCCUUCCAGAGAAAAGCAGCUACCCAUCCCCCUCCCCUGAGCCAGGGCCAGCUGAAGAACCAACCCAUACUAACCCUAGCCCCGUGGAGGCUGGCCAGGAACAAGCUGAAGGCAGCACAGGAAAAUAUAUACCAACUGUUGUGGCAUUUGAAGACCGAAGAACAAUGGAGGUUGAACAGGAAGAGGAGGUUGUUGAAGAGAGAGAGGAGGAGGAACAGGUGACUGAGGAAGUAGAGGAGGAGGAAGAUGUGAUGGAAGUGGUAGAUGAGGAGGAACAGGUGACAGAGGAUGUGAAAGAGAAAGAUGAUGUGGAGGAGGAGAACGUGGUGAUGGAAGUGGAGGAGCAGCUGGAGGAAGGGGAAUUGGUGGAGGACGAGAACAAACAUGUGGAAGAGGAGGUGGAGACAGAGUCUAAACAGACAGAGCAGGUGUCACCCAGACCACCCUCCCCCAUUCCUCCUGUCCAUAAUCGCCAACCCAUCCAGAAUCCUCCUCUUGUCCAGAAUCCUCCUCUUGUCCAGAAUCCUCCUCUUGUCCAGAAUCCUCCUCUUGUCCAGAAUCCUCCUCUUGUCCAGAAUCCUCCUCCUGUCCAGAAUCCUCCUCCCGUCCAGAAUCCUCCUCCCGUCCAGAAUCCUCCUGUCCAGAGGCCCGUUCUGACCGGAGUGGAAGGUAUCCUGGACCAGCAGUUCAGUGACUUCUCCACAGAGAUGCAGAUCCUCCUGCUCAGAGAGAGCGUCCACUACAACUCACCGCUCCUCCAUACCCAGAAUGCUCCACAGCAGCUCCUGGUGCCUCUGCUCCUGCACUUCUCAGAGUACGUCUCCUUCUACAACUCCUCCCCUCCCAUGCAGGCCUACGUCUCCUCGCUCCGAGACCGCAUGGGCACCAUCAUAGACACACAGGAGCAAUGGAUUCCCAGCACGUUAGCCACCCACCCUGCCCUGGUCUCAUCUAACACUAACCACGUUAGCCACCCACCCAUCUUAGCCACCCACCCUGCCCUGGUCUCAUCUAACACUAACCACCACCACGUUGACCACGCUCCUCCUACCACUACAUACAACUGGAACCCUUCUCUCUGUGGCACUAAGUCUCCGUCUGUCCCCAGCCACCGCCUCUCUCCUGCUCCUGGCCUUAGCCUUGCUGUGUCUCAGUCUGUCCCAAGUCGUCACUCUCCUACGCUGUUUGCCCCUGGUCUUGAUAGCUCAAACUCUUACAGUUCUCUACCUGUGUCUCAGUUUCACUCAGCUGAAUCUCAUUUUAAUAGUAAUAAUAAUAAUAAUAGUGCAACGAUUCCCUCUUCAUUGUUUCCCGGCACGGCCUGUCCUCCUACUCUCUACAACAACCCACCCCAGACACAGACGGGCCUACCUCAACUCAGCUCCAGUCUAGCGCCACUGCCCCUCCAACCACUGGACAGCCAAUGGACAACCACAACACAGAACCCUGGCUCAGACGGGAGACUGGGAACCUGCAAACCAAGUGAUAUGUCAAAAGUAAAUAAGUGGACAACCACAACACAGAACCCUGGCUCAGACGGGAGACUGGGAACCUGCAAACCAAGUGAUAUGUCAAAAGCAAAUAAGUGGACAACCACAACACAGAACCCUGACUCAGACGGGAGACUGGGAACCUGCAAACCAAGUGAUAUGUCAAAAGCAAAUAAGUGGACAAACACAACACAGAACCCUGACUUGGAUGUCCGAGGGCUACGAGCAAAGUGCAAGCCGCAAACAAGUGCCAUGUUUGAAUCAAAAGACGAUGUCAUAAUGGUGGAUCAGCCGGUUUCAGCAGCCACUGUGGAGGCUCCCCCUCCUCGCACUCAGAUGAUUGACAGUUUGUCAGGGGUGGGAGGACCAGUGGUAGAGCCUGGGCCAGGUCCCGCCCCCCCUUUAGCCAUCAGUAGUCUGAUCAGCCAGCUGAAGCCGGAGUUGUUCAGUAACCUGGUGGAGAUUAUAAAGGAUGUCCAGAAGAACUCUGUCCAGUUCUACAUCCACACACAGGAGGGGGAGAGGGAGGUCUCCCACCACAUCAAGGAGUACCUGCAGAGGUUGGGGAACGUGGAACGCAGUCCUGUGAGUUUCCUGGAGAGAGAGAACCGGAUGGACAAACUAAUGGUUCUCAUCCAGAACAAGGACAUUGCAGCGCACAUUCAUAAGAUCCCGGCGCUGGUGCAGCUGAAGAGGCAGCCGUCGGUGAUCUUUGCUGGAGUAGACAGUCUGGACGAUGUGAAGAACCACACCUACAACGAGCUGUUUGUUUCCGGAGGAUUCGUCGUCUCAGACGAGUUUGUCCUCAACCCCGAAUACAUCACUCACGAGCGUCUGCGGGUGAUUCUGAUGUUCCUGGACCAACAGAACUCAGCGGAGAGCCUGUGGAGGUGGAGGGUCCACUGGAAGACCCAGAAGAAACUGAAGGAACAAUCCAGGUUUAAAAGUGAAGCCAGGAAGAUCUUGAACCUGCUGACCACGUACCAAAAGAAGAACAUUGUGGAGUUCCUGCCGUACCAUGAGUGUGAUGCUCCGUCUCGCCCCGCCCCCGACCUGGACUGUCUCCUCAAGCUGCAGGCACAGCACAUUCAGCAACGACACAUCAUCUUCCUCACAGAGAGCCACUACGAGAUGUUCCCCCACUACUCCAGCACUGGCAUCGUCAUCGCCAACAUCAACGACAUCAUGCACAACUUCGGUGGCCUAGUUGGUUUCCAUGACAUCAGAGACAAGCGGUCUACCUCAGAGGACCUCAUAGCUGCAGCUACCACAGUCCGAGAGGAAAAGCGUGUGCUGGAGGAACCCAUCCUCCUGGACUCCCCCUCCUCCCCAGAUCGCCUGGUGGACCGCUUGUCCACUCCGCUGAACGAGGACGACUUCCGUCCGCCCCUCCCCGACCAGCUGGUCCCUGAUGCGGGGACCCCCAUGGAGCUCAACUUCCAGGCCCUGAAGGAGGCCAUCUCUCAGUUCAAGGCUGAUAAGGCUGCUCGGUCACAGAUGGCACCUCCAGAGGUGGAGGGGGAGGGACCAGACUCCCCACCAGGACCAAGGAUUCCUGGCCUGGGUACAGACUCACCGGGGGGUCUAGGGGACUCUGGAGUUAAUUUCCUCACCCCUGGUCCUGGUCUCACCCCUGGUCCUGGCCUCCUCACUCCUGCCCCUGGUCUCACCCCUGGUGCUGGUCUCCUCACUCCUGCCCCUGUCUCUCUCCUCUCCAGCCAGUCCCCUGCUGGAAUACACAAGAAAGUGGGACUGACUCCCACAUGGCAGGCCGAAGAAGCUACCCUCUCCUCCCUCCACUCUAAGCUGGGUCUGAGUGGAACUGGUGGUGCUGAGGUGACCAGUGACAUGUCUCUGUGUGGCUCCCAGGACAGACUGAACGCUUUCAGCAGCCACCGGGGUCCUAUAGCUGGCAUUGUCACUGAGGGCCACGGAGAGUCAGGAGCCACACCCAGCAACGCUAACGACCCCCACGGCCCUGAGCCUCCAAGGACCCAGGGGGAGAACACUAAACCCAGCCCAGUGGCAGGCAGCCUCCAGGGGGGAGGAGGAAUGACUGACGAGGCCCCUAGCAGCCCCCUCCCUGGUCCUCCUGGUCCCAGGGCAGCAGCCCCCCGGCAUGGUGGUGUUGGGGAUAACAUAGCGGCAGCUGCAGACAGACUGGCACAGGCAGCCAGACAGCAGCAGAGAAACGGCUUGUUACCCAUGCCUAAUACACUGUUCCUUAACAGCAACCUCAAUAUGCACAACCAUGGCAUGAGCGUAUUGCAACGGCCCAUGUUGAACAGGCUGGAAGGACCUGCAGGACUGGGAGGUAUCAGAGCAUUGAUGCCUAACGCCAUGGCAUGGGCUAGGAUGGGCCAGGCAGGGGGGCCCGAGUCCUGUCUAUGGGCCCUUCAGCACCAGAACAUGGGGCUGGGGGGCCACACCUUCCCUCCUCGACUGAUGGGGAACCCUCAUCACCCCUGGGGGGGUAACCAGACAGCUAACCAGGGGCGUGGGAAUGGCCCUUGGAAGCGGUGACGAACGGCCGUGUGAACAAACGAGGGUUGUGUUCAGUAGGUAUCAACCUGAAAACACUGAGUGAAACAGGGAGGAACUACCUGGAUGUUCAUUUUCGUUUUCUGUUGUGCCCCAAUGGAUAGAGCAGCCAGCACGACUACCUACUUCACGGAUAGUCCAAUCUGUUCUAUACAUUAACAUUUUUCUAACUGAACAAUUGUGUAAAAUUGCACCCUCCUGUCCCGAACAGGCCCCAGUAGUGAAUCUUUGUUUAUGAUCCGAAAGAAGCGCUUCAACAGACUUGACAUUAAAUAACUUUUUUUUUCUCCACCAGAUCAAUCAAUUUUAUUUUUCAAUCAAUUUUAUUUUAUAUAGCCCUUCUUACAU